CCUCAUUAGUCCGUGGGUACUUAUUCCUGUGUUCCCUGCUUGUCUGUUGCCAGUUCCUCAAGUCAACCGGCGUGUUAUUCUGGUCGCCUGCUUUUUCCUUCACUCUGUUUUUUGCUAGUCCUCCCGGUUGUGACCCUUGCCUGUCUGGACUCUGAACCCUCCUGCAUCAGUGGAUGCAUGGUGGCAAGGACGCUGUCAUUAGAUUUGUUCUAUUAUCCAGACAGGAGUGCCAUCCACACUCCCGGUACUUCAGACGUAGGCUUGCUGACUGUCAAGGUUGUCCACAGACACCGCACCGACUCGACCGGACCUGAACAUUGGCUUGAUUGUGUGCUCAGGACUCAACGAUGGGGAAGGACACCGCAAGAGCAGAGUGGGACAAUCCCAUGCAAUUUGUCCUGGCGUGUGUAUCAUACGCGGUUGGACUGGGAAAUGUGUGGCGUUUUCCAUACUUGUGUCAAAUGCAUGGCGGAGGUGGGUUCCUGAUCCCAUACCUGCUUAUGCUGGUCCUGUUGGGGGUACCCCUGUUCUACAUGGAGUUAGCCAUUGGCCAGAAGAUGCGUCUGGGCAGCAUUGGAGCAUGGAGAGCUAUUAGCCCCUAUCUGGGGGGAGUGGGUCUGGCCAGUGUUGUGACCUCCAUGUACCUAUGCCUCUAUUACAACGUCAUCAAUGCAUGGAGUUUCUGGUACCUCUUUCAUUCAUUUCAGUCGAUCCUGCCAUGGGCAGAGUGCCCGGUUAACAGCAACCUGACUGGCCAUGUGGAGGAGUGUGAGCGGGCCACGCCCACACAGUACUUCUUCUACAGAGAGACCUUGGACAUCUCUGGGUCCAUUGAGGAGAACGGAGGGAUUCACAUGGGACAGGCGCUCUGCCUCCUGCUGGCCUGGAUGAUUGUCUACCUGUUCAUCGUCAAGGGGGUCAAGUCCACCGGGAAGGUGGUGUACUUCACAGCCACAUUCCCCUACCUGGUCCUCAUCAUCUACCUCAUCCGUGGGGUCACCCUUCACGGAGCCAUCAACGGUGUGAAGUACAUGUUCACACCCAAGAUGGAACAGCUGGCUAACCCCACUACGUGGAUCAAUGCGGCCACUCAGAUCUUCUUCUCUCUGGGCCUGGGCUUUGGAUCCCUCAUCGCCUUUGCCAGCUACAACCAGUACAACAACAACUUUCAGAAGCAGGCCAUCGUCGUGUCCAUGGUCAACAGUAGCACCUCCAUCUUCGCCAGUAUCGUCACCUUCUCCAUCUAUGGCUUUAAGGCCACCUUCAACUACGAGAGCUGCCUGGAGAGGGUGCGACUGCUGCUCCUGAACACCUUUGAUCUAUCAGAGGACACCAUCAGUCUGGAGAAUGUCAACCACUGGAUCGCUGAGCUGAACAGGACACACCCAGAACAGUUUGCCAAUCUGGGAGGUAGGCUGGAGACCUGUGACCUAGAGGCUGAACUAGACACGGCUGUUGAGGGUACGGGCCUGGCCUUCAUAGUGUACAGUGAGGCCAUUAAGAACAUGCCCGUGUCUCAGCUGUGGUCUGUGCUCUACUUCAUCAUGCUGCUGCUGCUGGGCAUGGGCAGUAUGCUGGGCAACGUCAUCGCCGUCAUCACCCCCCUCAGUGACUUGAAGUUCAUCAGCCGCUACAUGAGCACUAAAACACUCAAUGGUCUGGUGUGUCUAUUCUGCCUGCUGCUUGGCCUGGGCUUCACCACCCGUUCUGGGAACUACUGGUUCACCAUGUUCAACGACUAUGGAGCCACCUUCUCUCUGCUCUUCAUCGUCCUCAUUGAAGUUAUCACCGUCUGCUACAUAUAUGGCAUCAAAAGGUUUGAGAAGGAUGUAGAAGACAUGUUAGGUCAUCGUCUUAACUGGUACUGGAAGAUCAUGUUGGCAGGAGUCAGUCCCAUCCUCCUCAUUGCACUAUUCAUCUUCUACAUCGUCAACUAUAUCCAGGGAGGAACGCCCACAUACCAGGCCUGGAACAAAGAACUGGGGAAGUCUGUGGUGACGGAGUAUCCUCCCUACGCCCAAGCCUUCAUCGGCCUCCUCCUAGCCUCCUCUGUCUGCUGUAUCCCUUUGACGGCCCUCUACACCUACUGGAAGAGGAGGAACCUGGCCAGUGGGAAGAGAGAGCGCACUGUCAGCACUGUGUCAGCGUAAAGACCGACGUAUUGGUUGACAGACGGAGUGACACAAGGCAGAGCUGCGACAUUACGGCUCUGAGACUGACUGGACACGCUAGUUAUAGGAUCGACUGAUCGACAGCCUACUGUCCGUAUCAUGGUUGUCUUAACAGAACGGUACCUCACCCUCCUGGUGCGGUGGUUCAUGCCACACCACAAACCAAAGGCCCUUUUUCUCCCCCCGGGGCAGGCUGGCUCUGCCACUGUGCUGCUGGUGGACAGACUGGCAGAUCUGUACCUAGCAUUAGGCCUAGUCGUACUUUGGCAUCUAACACUUACUGGGUGAUAAUAGUGGACUUUUGUAUUUUGUAGUUGUGGUUCUGAGCAGGGCUUAGAACUACAUCCAAAAUAUUUCAGAAGUGAAAAACAAACAAAUCAUCUUGUCAAUGGUUUAUUGCAUUGUUUAAAGGCCCAGUGCAGUAAAAAACACGAUUUCCUGUGUUUUAUACAUAUUUCUAGGCUAUGAGGUUGGAAUAAUACUGUGUGAUAUUGGGAAAAUUAUUAUAAUCCCUUUUAGUGUAAGAGCUGUUUGGUGGGAUGGAGCUUAGGCCUGCCUGAUGACAUCACCAUGUGGUAAAUUAGUUAAUAGACCAAUAAGAGUUCCAAACUUCUGCAUAUAACAGCUAGUUUUCCGUUUUCCCCUCCCCACUCAGACCUCUCCAAGACAGUCCCAGCAUAAUUCUUGCUUGAGAAAUUGCUCUUUGCUAAGAAGCUAUUUUGGUUUCUUUUUGACCAUUUUAAAUGAAAACAAUCACAGUAGGGUACUUAAUUGUAACCCAUAAAUUAUAUGAUAUUGAGAUAAAAAUGACUGCAUUGGACCUUUAAUGUUUAGCUUUCAGUAGCAGAUUUUUGGGACAGUGUGUCAACCCUCUUUAUUUAAAGCUCCACAAAAUCUUUAAGAUAUUUUUUCCCUUAAAUGUCAGUAUGGUGAAGUAUGUUGUAUCCCAUUGGUUUACUGUAGAUAUUCUGUAGAUUACUCAAUGAGUUGUGAGAUAUGUUGAGUGCCUGGAUGUACAAGCAGACCUUUGUCUGACUCGGUUAUGACUGAAUACAGUCUGACUGGUGUCAAAUGACCAAGAACAACUUGUAGCAAUAGCUGUAUGUGAUAUAGUGUUUGCAAACAUACUGAUAAUUUCACAUAACACGAACAAAUCUCUAUGACCAGGACCAUGACCAUAUCUAUACCUAUGGGCUUUGCUGUCAAUCCACCAUCAGUGACUUCUUACCAGGAUCAUACUCAGUGGGGUGCAAUGUAACAGAAUGUUCAGAUAGAUAUAUAUUCUGUAGAACAGACACUUGUUCUCUGUCAAUUAGAAUAGGAAAUCAUGUCAGCUCUAUAGGAAGCAUUUCUUUCUGCAACAUUCCAGAGCGUUUCACCUCCUGAACGUGUGAAAGUUUCUGUGCUCUUCUAAUUAGAAAGUAUUGUAGUGUUGCACUGCUGUCAUAGAAUCCAUAUGAACUGGACGUAGGAUACAGCCCAAUGGCUAUGCACCAAUGUGCUGUGCAUAUUCACGAGCACAAAAUACAAUGUAGACCUACUCUUUUUACAGGCAAAUGUAUGGGUUUGCACAGAAACAAUUGCCAAACAUGUUGUAAUACUGUGAGCAUUUUUCAUGUGAACAAUUUGAAACCAUCCAUUUAUAAUAACAGGGGCGCAACUUUCACUGGGCCGGGGGGACAGGUCCCCCCUACAUUCUGAAAUUGCAUUUUUGUCCCCCGCUGGUUUUAUCAUUGGAAUGUGAUAAAAAUUGAGGCAACGGUGUGCUUUAGGACUGUGCAGAGGCCUCCGAGCGGUCAGGUAGGCUGUUUGGAGUGUUUAUCCAACUGGAUUAAAAAAGAAAAACAUUCUAAAAUCAAAGUUGUGCCCCUGUACAGUGAUGGAAACAGUACAAAUAUAUUUGCACACUAUGUUUAAUACAGGUUGGUGUUAGUGUGAACCAAGUAUUGGUGUGAACAAUUAUUAUUUUAACUGUAGUACCACAAUGGUGUGUUCAUGUUUUCUAAGUAGUAUUUUCUAUGGUGAAAUUAUUAAAGACAUGAAGACAUUUGAACCAUUGGUAUGAGUGAACAAGAUACACACACACACAUACAGCAGCCAGCCUGUUGCAAACCAGGCAUUUCAUUCAGUCCUACUUGCUGGUAUCCAGCAAGGAUGACAUAUUUCAAUGCUAUGAAAUCUGGAUUUUUUUUUUAAGUGCUUGGUUUGACAAGCUAUGUACUUUAUAAUACCAUUAUAUGUAUAGACCACAAAAAUAUAAACGCAACAUGCAACAAUUUCAAAGAUUUUACUGAGUUACAGUUCAUAUAAGGAAAUCAGUCAAUUGAAAUAAAUAAAUUAGGCCCUAAUCUUUGGAUUUCAUAUGACUGGGCAAGGACACAGCCAUGGGUGGGCCUGGGAGGGUAUAGGCUCACCACUUGGGAGCCAGGCCCAGCCACUGGGGAACCAGGCCCAGCCAAUCAGAAUGAGUUUUUCCCCACAAAAGGGCUUUAUUACAGUCAGAAAUACUCCUCAGCACCGCCUCAGACGAUCCCGCAAGUGAAGAAGACAGAUGUGGAGGUCCUGGGCUAGCGUGGCUACACGUGGUCGGUGGGUGUGAGGCCCAUUGAACCUACAUGCCAAAUUCUAUAAAACGGCAUUGGAUGCGGCUUAUGGUAGAGAAAUGGACAUUAAAUUCUCUGGCAACAGCUUUGGUGGACAUUCCUGCAGGCAGCAUACCAAUUGCAUGCUCCCUCAAAACUUGAGACAUCUGUGACAUUGUGUUGUGAGACAAAACUGCACAUUUUAGAGUGGCCUUUUAUUGUCCCCAGCACAAGGUCCACCUGUGUAAUGAUCAUGCUGUUUAAUCAGCUUAUUGAUAUGCCACACCUGUCAGGUGGGUGGAUUAUCUUGGCAAAGGAGAAAUUCUCACUAACAGUGAUGUAAACAAAUUUGAGCACAACAUUUGAGAGACUUAAGCUUUUUGUGCGUAUGGAAAAUAUCUGGGAUCUUUUAUUUCAGCUCAUGAAACAUGGGACCAACACUUUACAUGUUACGUUUAUAUUUUUGUCCAGUAUAGCAUGAGACUAUAUUUCUAUGGGAUAGACAUGGGCCAUCCGAGAACCACCUGCAUUAAAUAGCGUGUUUGUCUGAAGUUAAGCACUUUUUUUCUCUGUCUAAGACUGGAAUGUAGUCUUGUCUUCAACCUAGUGAGCUGAGGUUUAGGGCUGAAUAUAACGGGGUCGUUCUACAAAUAGAGUGCCUUUUGCACCUCUUUGAUAUUUAAGUAGACAUUUUAAAGCCUGCUAUAUUAAAUGAAGUGCCCUUUAAUACAAAUCACAUGGAAAAUGUAAUAUAUCCUAUUUUUUUAUAUGAAUAAAGACUCGCUAAGGUGCCAAAAAUCUA